AUGAACACCUCCUCUUUGUCUAUCUUCGUACUCUCUCUUUUCGCCUUCGCACGUGCUCAGCAGAUUGGAAAAUUGAUCCCCGAAGUUCAACCUAAGCUCAAUUAUCAGACUUGUACCAAGGCCGGUGGAUGUACGAAGCAUAAUGGAACUGUGACGUUAGAUUCUAAGUGGCGUCCGGUUCAUGCCGUGAACAGUACCAAGAAAUGUCUGAGUGAUGGCGGUGUUUGGGAUCCUGAACUUUGUCCUGAUGGGUUGACCUGUGCUAAGAACUGCGCGCUGGAAGGUGUUGAUUACUGUGAUUUUGGUGUCACGUCGGACGGUGAUUCACUUAACCUGAAGUUAGGCAUUGAAAACACGAAACGUCACAUCAGUCCACGUGUUUAUCUUUUGGACGACAAAGGAAAGUAUGUCUCGAUGAAAUUGAAAAAUCAAGAAUUCACCUUCGAUGUCGACCUCUCUACUCUUCCUUGCGGUACGAAUGGGGCACUUUACUUGAGUGAAAUGGAAGGUGAUGGUGGAACUUCAAAAUUUCCCACCAACAAAGCUGGUUCGAUCUAUGGGACAGGAUAUUGUGAUGCACAGUGUCCUCAAGACGUAACAUAUUUAGGUGGAAAGGUUAAUCUCGAAGGUUGGAAAUCAGGUCCUGAUGGUACCGGUCAAGGAAAACUUGGAUCGUGUUGUACGGAGAUGGACAUCUGGGAAGGAAAUUCAGAAGUUAACGCCCUCACUCCUCACGCUUGCCGAGGAAAAGGUCCUCAAAUCUGCGAUGGAGAUGCUUGUGGCCCAAUCUGCGAUAAGGGAGGCUGUGAUUUCGGACCUUUCCGAUACGGUGAUCAUGAUUUCUUUGGUCCUAAAAAAACUGUCGAUACCACUCAAAAGUUCACCGUUGUGACUCAAUUCUUGACUGAUAAUCAAAAGUCUACCGGUCAGCUUACUGAGAUUCGACGAAAGUACAUUCAAAACGGUAAAGUGAUUCAGAAUAGCAAAACAAAGGUGCCAUCAAUGAAGUCCUUCGAUUCACUCUCUCCCGAAUUUUGUAACGCAUCUAAGACUGCACUCGAAGGUGGUCAUAAUGACUUUCAAGCUAAAGGAGGAUUUACGGCUAUGGGUGAAUCUCUAGAGCGAGGAAUGGUUCUAGCAAUGAGCAUUUGGGAUGAUCACAGUGAUACUAAGAUGUUAUGGCUAGAUGGUUCCUUCCCUACUGAUUCCGAUCCGAAAAUGCCUGGUGUCCUUCGUGGACCAUGUACUCCAGAAAAUAGUAAUGCUACUUUUAUUGAAAAGACUUAUCCAAAUGCAACUGUCACAUUUUCAAACAUUCGUUUCGGUGAUCUUGAUACAACUUGUCAAUCAGCUUCAAAUUCUUCUUCCAUCUCAAACACCACUCCUCCACCGAUUACCAAACGUAGCACCAUCAGUCACUCUCGUCUUUAUUAG